GUAAAAUUAGGAAUUUCUCACAAACUUCAACAACAACAACAGAAAAUUAGUCUUUUGUUGGCAGCUGCAUCGAUGGGACAGCAAAAUAAUAAUAAAAGUAACAAAAGAGGUCGUGCCGAAGACGUACAUUGGCUUUAUCCAUCACCAUCCUUCUCUUCUCAUUUAUUCUUUCUUAGACAUCCUUGA